AUGUCAUCGAAUGCACUUCAUUUUGAAGUAACUCAUACAUGUAAAACAACAAAAGCUCGUGUAGGUCGUUUAAAACUUAGUCGAAAUCAUACAUCUCGUGGUCCAAUUGAAACACCUGUUUUUAUGCCUGUUGGUACACAAGGUACAUUAAAAGGAUUAACACCUGAACAAUUACAUCAACUUAAUUGUCGAAUUAUUCUUGGAAAUACUUAUCAUUUAGGACAUAGACCAGGUCCUGAAUUACUGAAGGAAAUGGGUGGUCUUCAUUCAUUUAUGCAUUGGGAUGGAGGACUUUUAACAGAUUCAGGUGGUUUUCAAAUGGUAUCUCUUGUUAAAUUAUCUGAAGUAACUGAAGAAGGUGUUAAAUUUCAAUCUCCACAUGAUCAAACUGAAAUGUUAUUAACACCUGAAAAAUCAAUUGAAAUUCAAAAUAUUAUUGGAGCAGAUAUAAUAAUGCAAUUAGAUGAUGUUGUAUCAAGUACAUUAACUGGUCCAAGAGUUGAAGAAGCUAUGUGGAGAUCACUAAGAUGGCUUGAUCGAUGUAUAUCAGCACAUUCUCGUCCCGAUGAACAAAGUCUUUUUCCUAUUAUUCAAGGUGGUCUUAAUCCACAAUUACGAGAACAAUCUGUUAAAGAAAUAAUAAAACGUGAUUGUCCUGGUUAUGCAAUAGGUGGAUUAAGUGGUGGAGAAGAUAAAGAUGAAUUUUGGCGUAUGGUAACACUUUCAACAGAUUAUUUACCAAAAGAUAAACCGCGAUAUUUAAUGGGUGUUGGUUUUGCAAUUGAUCUUGUUAUAUGUUCAGCUCUUGGUUGUGAUAUGUUUGAUUGUGUUUUUCCAACUCGAACAGCUCGUUUUGGAUGUGCAUUAGUUGAUAAUGGACAAUUAAAUUUAAAUAAACAAAUCUAUGAAAAAGAUCAUCGUUUAAUAGAUGAUAAAUGUAUUUGUCCUGUUUGUCAAUAUGGUUAUACAAGAUCAUAUCUUAAUACAAUUGUUACUAAAGAAACAACAGCAUGUCAUUUACUUACAAUUCAUAAUGUUGCAUAUCAGAUGAGAUUAAUGUCUCGAAUUCGUCAAUCAAUUAUUGAAGAACGUUUUCCAGAUUUUAUAAAAGAAUUUGUUUCAAAUUAUUAUCAAGAUAAAGAUAUUCCACAAUGGAUUAUUAAUUCUUUAAAAUCAGUUAAUAUUGAAUUAUAA